AUGAGAGAUCUGUUAUCGAACAUCCAACAGUGCAAAAAACUUGAUCAAUUCUCUAAUGAAGAAAAAGAAUUUAUUUGUAAAUGGGUUCAUGAGCAAACCCAUACAAUCAAAUGGAAACUUUUACAAAAUGUAAUGCAAAAAGAAUGGAAAAUACAUUAUUCGAAAAAUGAUCUUAAAAAUUUUUGGUAUAUAAAGCGAAACCAACUUGUGCGGGAAUCUAGAGCUGAGUCGCAAGAUGAAGGAGUGCAAUAUGAAGAAUUGCAAUAUGAAGAAGUGAAAGAUGAAGAAUUGCAAGAUGAAGAAGUGAAAGAUGAAGAAUUGCAAUAUGAAGAAGUGAAAAAUGAAAAAGUGAAAGAUGAAGAAUUGCAAUAUGAAGAAGUGAAAAAUGAAAAAGUGAAAGAUGAAGAAUUGCAAGAUGAAGAAGUGAAAGAUGAAGAAUUGCAAUAUGAAGAAGUGAAAAAUGAAAAAGUGAAAGAUGAAGAAUUGCAAUAUGAAGAAGUGAAAAAUGAAAAAGUGAAAGAUGAAGAAUUGCAAGAUGAAGAAGUGAAAGAUGAAGAAUUGCAAUAUGAAGAAGUGAAAAAUGAAAAAGUGAAAGAUGAAGAAUUGCAAUAUGAAGAAGUGAAAAAUGAAAAAGUGAAAGAUGAAGAAUUGCAAGAUGAAGAAGUGAAAGAUGAAGAAUUGCAAUAUGAAGAA